GCGGGGCCAGGGGGGCGGCGGCGGUGGCAUGGCAGCAGAGCACGGCGAGCUGCUUGGAGAGAUGGCCACGGUGGGUCGCCUGAGUGCCACGGAGCGGCUGAAGCACGCCCAGAAGCGCCGCGCGCAGCAGCUGAAGGGCUGGGCGCAGAUGGAGAAGGACUCGACCCGGGGCUCCAGGGCCAAGGCGGACAGGAAGAAGGCCUGCACCCGGAGGGUGAAGUUCCCCGACACCAUCACCCUGCUGGAGGCCGCCUCGCGCAACGACGUGGAGGAGGUCAGGGAGCUGGUGAAGAGUGGAGUCGGUCCGGACCUGUUCAACGAGGAUGGACUCACAGCCAUGCACCAGUGCUGCAUCGACGACUACACCGACAUGGUGCAGUGUCUGCUGGACGCCGGCGCCUGCGUCAACGCGUGCGACAGCGAGCUGUGGACGCCGCUGCACGCCGCCGCCACCUGUGGCCACACGGGGCUGGUGCAGCUCCUGGUGCAGGCAGGUGCGAAUUUGCUGGCUGUCAACGCCGACGGCAACAUGCCCUAUGACCUCUGUGAGGACGAGGCCACCCUGGAACUCCUGGAAGUGAUUAUGGCCGAAAAGGGGAUCACCCAGGAGCGCAUAGACGAGUGUCGAGGGGCGAAAGAGACAGCGAUGCUGACGGACAUCCAGGCUCUGGUGCAGAGCCAGGCCGACCUGAACGCACCGGACGACAGCGGGGCCACAGUGCUGCACAUAGUGUCCGCCAACGGCUACCUCUCUGUGGCCGAGCUGUUGCUGGAGAACAAGGCCCAGGUGGAGGUGAAGGAUCUGGACGGCUGGACGCCCCUGCACGCCGCCGCCUGCUGGGGACAGCUCCAGAUGGUGGAGUUGCUGGUGGCCCACGGGGCGAGUCUGGACACCAAGUCGGUCCUGGAGGAGACGCCCUUAGACGUGUGUUCAGACGAGGAGGUGCGCGGUAAGAUCCUGGAGCUCAAGCACAAGCACGACGCUAUCAUGAAGAACCAGGGCCGCCACAAGAACACGCUGCAGAGACGGGCCUCCAGCACGGCCAGCCGGGGGAAGGUGGUGCGGCGCGUGAGCGUGAACGAGCGCUCCAGCCUGUACCGCCGCGAGCACCACAAGGAGGCCAUGGUGUGGCAGGAGAGGGGCCGGCAGCCUGAGACCCCAGACGACGACGAGGACAAGCAGACCGACAACGAGCUCAACCAGCACGCCGCCAUGGUGGCCGGCGCCAGCACCAGUGCCGCGCCCCCCCCUCAGAACGGCGACCCGUCGGAGCCCCCCGAGGAGCCGUCCUCGGGCCUGGGGAACGGCGGGCCCCCGGUCUCGCCUGCCGCCUCGGUCCCGGGGGAGCAGUGGGUGGGCGGGGGCCUCAUGGACCGCAGCGCCUCCUACCAGCUCAGCCCCGCCCCCGCCGCCGCCGCUCCGGCCGCGGGCACCAACGGCGGCGAGGCGGGGGCCAACGGCAACGGCAUGACCCGCGAGAAGUCGUACCAGACCCUCGCCGACCUCAAGCGCCAGCGCGCCGCCGCCAAGCUCAACAAGUACCCGGCCCCCGCCCCGCCCCUCCUCCCCCCCCCUGUGGAGGAGGAGCCCCCCGGGACGGAGGAGGAGGGCGGCGGCGGCGGCGGCGCCCCGGGGGAGACGGUCCGUGGUGAGCCCACCGGGGACCGGACGACGAUCGCCAUGACGACGGGGCCGGCGGCGCCGGCGGUGGUGUCCACGUCGAGCCAAGUGUACUUCACCCCCGCCAGCGGCGACCCCCCUCUGCUCAAGCUCCGGGCCCCCGAAGAGGAGCAGUCCACGGCUAAGGAGCCCUGCUGUAGACUCAUGUAGACACACACACCUCCGCGUGGGCGCACCACACACACACAUUAAACACACUCACACACACACACACGAGCAGCCGUGUCCUUUGAGGUGUGGCACAACAGUGUCCGGGUGAACGUUCCUUCACGGAUUCUUCUGGAGCUGGUUUUCUAAAGGUUAUUUUUUGUUUGUUUUUGUUUUCUAGUUUAUGGCCUGAAGGUUUUGGCCGACCCUCCAUGGAACAAAUGUACAUUUUAGUGGUGGUCCCUGUUUCCCCUUGUCUGUUGUCAUGGGGAGCGUAUCGCCACCUGCCAUUGGCACUAAGGGUCUCACCAUUCGAAGAAGAAGCAGCAGCCUGCCUAAUGAGGCGCCUGAAUGUAGUGCAUUAGGAGCGCGACCACGACGACUUCAUAUUUUAACGUUAGGACGCCAUCUAGUGGCUGAUAUGAAAUGUUUCCAGUGUUAUCCACCUAAUCUAGUGUGGCCUCCUGCUUUCGUUGCUCUUAUUUAUACACCCUAAUUUUUUCCUUUUAUAGUCACAGUCAAUACUGACAUUACUUUAAAACUAUCUAAAUCAUCACGUUGUGUUGGCAAGUUUAAUUACCGUAAUCUGGAUUUGAGAGUCGAGGAUUUGAUCGACUUUUUUAUCAAAGAACUUCUAGGUGUUUUUGUGUUCAUGAAUGGUACCUAUUGUACAUUGAUACUCGCUCUGUAUAAGAGGUCUAUGAAUGUCAAAACAAGUCCUGACAUUUCAGUUUUCUCACUGACAAGAGGAGUUUAUUCCCUUCAGAGCACUAAGAAAAGAAAUCUACAAGAUUGUACUAUAUUUCGAUAAUGCACCAUGUUGUGAUCGGCUCAGUUUCGAUCACCAUGAUAAAAGUUCUCUACAUUUCUAUUUUAUUUUUCUCCAAAUGGAACCAAAUUAUUUAUUCUCUCUAUAUAGCUUAUUUAUUCAAUAUAUAUAUAGCUGUGUGCACAGCAAAAAUACUGCCUGAUCUUUGUGAGCUUGAGAUUUCUGUUGUCUUGAUUCAAUUAGGAUUUGAUAUGAUAUGAAGUCCAGUCCUUAUUUGAGAAUACUAGUGCCUUUUUUGGAGGUUUAUAAUGCAAUUGUUAAUCUUUCGUUCCCAGAGGAUCCCUGCUGAACGUUAGUGUGCAGCGGGAUAAUCCAAGUCAUUCACACAGUACUGUAGGUGGCCUGUAGCUUAAUGCACUAGUACCAUCUCUAAUUGACUGGAGAGGUUGGGUUUCUCAUUGAUUUAUACUCCAAUGUACAUCGCCUUUUCACCAAAUGAUUUUGUAUUUUUUAUGUCACUGUUGUUGAUCUAAUGUACCACGAAGUGAUGGCUUCAUUUACAUACACCCCGUUCACUCACGAAGGAGAGGGCGAUCGGGGAGGAACCCAAAACAAAAACGAAAAAAUAAUGUAUUUAAUGUUAAGAAUUCCUAUCUUUUGCACGGAGGCGUCGUCAAAGGACUAAACAUGGGUCCCAUAUACUUUAGCUAGCAUGGCAUGGCUAAUACUUGAGGAGAGGAGGCCACCAACUGCAGCCAUGGUACACACUCAGCAGGCUCAUAGUCAUGAGGGGUAAUGAACGAAGCCUGUGGUCCUGCAAUGGCCGCCCUGUGGAAAAGGUCCGUUCUACUGUACAAACUGGAGUAAGAGAACCAUUCCACCCGUGCGAAUGUACGAUCGUUAGGAGGGAGCCUUGAAGGCCCUGGCCUCUGACAGAUAACUGAAACACGCUUCCUGUUUUAACCUCUCUAGCGAGUUGCCCUGGGGCAUGGUAUGCCCCAGUUGAUAGGUUUCAGCUCACUCUGCUGGUUAAUUCCUGUCAUUGUUUUUUUUUUAUGGGUGUAUUUAUUUAUUGAACGCCAGUUUUCCAAUUGAACAAAUAUAUAUAAAUAAAUGAUGAUUUUAUUCCAAAAAGUAAAACGUAAGGCGGAUUUUGUAUCGGUUAUCCCCAAAGAAGGAAGGGACAGGUGAGACUGUAAGGGGUAUAGGCCUAUCAGCGUCCUAAAUACAGACUUUGAACUGUAUGCUAGCAUCUAAGAGGAUGGAGGUUGCAAUGCCUUUGUUAUCAGACGACCAAACCGGAUUCAUUAAGAACACACAAACUCAUGACAAUUUGGCUCAAAAUUAAAAAAAAAAAAGCUCUAUCGUUCUCAGCUUUGGAUUUUGAAAAAGCUUUUGACUCAGUUGUGGGGGAAUUUCUCUAUUUAGAUUUGGAUUUAGUGAAGCUUUGAUACGUUGUAUCCAGACACUAUACUCCUCUCAUACUGGAAGAAGAUGGGUGAAUGGUAGUGUUUCUAACUCCAUAACUCUGUACCGUGCUGCAGGCAGGAAUAACCCGCUGGUCCCAGUCUUAUCCAUUUAUUCGUCAAACCUCUGGACCACACAAUACGACAGGAGUCAGAUCUGAAGGGUAGGAAUAGGAAUAAAGGAAGUGUGGAGUAUAAGGUUAGUCUUUAGACACAGAUGAUGUGGUCAGAAUCAUGGACCCAGGUUCUGGGUCUAUAUGCUAUUAUAUAUAUAUUAUGUAUACAUUAUAUAUUAUUAUAUAUAAUAUAUGGGGUACAUUCAGGAUUCUUAACAAACAGAAAUCGGAGGUUCUGUUAUUCAAUUACACUCCGAAGCAAGAAUUCACUGCAAAAAAUAAUUUCAAAUGGCACUCAACCCCCUCAGGUAGAAGGUCUACCCAAAGAUCUAUCGGUUUUAUUUCAUAUUAACAACAAAUGCAUAAAUAAAAGGGGUUGGGCGGAAAAGAAACCCUGGGUUUUUUUAUCAGUACAACAUUCACAUCCCUGUAUCUUGGACAUACUCUUAGAAAAGUCAAGAUGAUUCUUGCCUCCUAAGGAUCUUCUUAGCAGCGAGCAAAAAGGACAUUACAAAAUACUGACUUCCGAAAAACUGCCCUACUGAUGGCCUCUUUGUCAAUAUGGUUAAUCACCUCCAUACUCUUAGAACAGUAUUUAUCUGGCCAAAGUAUGUUUCAUAUGUGUCAUUUUAUUUUAAAUUAAGACCAUUUUGUUUCGAAUUGACUAAACAUCCCAUGACCUCAUGCUUAUUUACUAUUUGUAUUUUUCCUGUUAUUGCUUUGUUAUCCCCUCUUUGUUGAAUCUGGAAAUUGUUCAUAAAUAUAAAGUAAAAAGAAAAAACCCAUACAUUAUUAAUGUAGGAGAGUAUGGAAUAGUUCAUGCAAGCACGAGGGGAGAUUAGGUAGGGGAAAAACAUGUAUUUUCUCCUGCUGUUUGCUAGUCCGUUAAUAUAAUUACCGAUUGAAUAACCAUUUUAUUAGGGCAUAUUUCUUUACAAGCCUACAUGAGUGAUAAGAUGUGUGAUGACAGCUGGAGUUUAACAUCUACAACACUAACCAUUGUGGUUCUACAAGUAGUAUAUUCGUAUCACACUAAUAGUUUGUCACUGUUCACUAGUUCUUAGAGGCCUAGAAGGACCAAGGUGUGCACUGUUAAGAAGUAAAACACAUACCGUUGAUAGUCCAAAGUGUGUGCUGAAUAGCCCAGAAUCUGCACACCAUGCCAACAAAUACAUGGAAGAUGUUUUUUUAAUUAUUUUAUUUCCCAUGUAAAGUAGUAUAAUCACAUAUGUUUUGCGGUGGAUUGUGAAGGCCGCUUGGCCCUUGUGUGACUUAUGUGACCUUUGGCACUGGGUCAUAUAUCUGCUGUGUAAAUACGGCUGAUCUAGAGUUACAGCACUAUGAGAGAGAAAGAGAGGGGGGGGAGGGCGCUUCUGCUGCUUUUAAAGCACGCCCUGUACUUUGACAACUUCUGCCCGUU